UUUUACUCUUACUCCUCUAUUCCUUUACAACUGGUCCUCCACAAUGAGCCGCCCCCUCCGAAUAGGGUUCAUACAUCCAGACCUUGGAAUAGGCGGGGCAGAGCGUCUCGUAGUGGACGCGGCUCUAUCUCUCAAAAACAAAGGCCACCAUGUCACGAUAUUCACUUCGAGGCAUGAUCCUUCUCGGUGCUUUCCAGAGACUAUAGAUGGCACUCUUCCAGUCCAUGUCCUCGGAUCGUCCCUUCCUCGAUCACUCCACCCCAAAUUCCCAUUCACCAUCCUCUUCUCCAUCCUCCGAUCCCUUCUUCUUGCUGUCCUUCUCCUCACGUCUCUUCUUUUACCCGGUCCGCCAUCCAUUGCCAACCCUCUUUCGCCUCUUCAAGGGUUCGAUAUCUUCUUUGUCGAUCAGCAAAGUGUUGCUGUGCCGCUUCUGAGGUUUGUUAGCGGGACAAGGAUCGUAUUUUACUGUCAUUUCCCCGACAAACUGCUUAGCGGAGGAUGGGAGAUCGAUGUGGGCAAAGAUAAGGCCGUGGUGGAGAGAAAAGGGGUUGGCAUACUGAAGCGCAUGUACCGGUGGCCUAUCGACAAGCUCGAGGAGUAUACGACUGGUCAAUCGGACAUCAUCAUCUCCAACUCUGAAUUCUCUUCUCGCGUUUUUGCCCUCGCUUUCCCUUCUCUCGCCCAGAAACCUCGCCGAGUGGUCUACCCUUGUAUCGACCUAUCUUCUUACACAUCAACUUCUUCUGAUGUCAAGGAUGGAAGCGUCAACCUUAUUCAAUCCGAUCGACCUACAAUCAUUUCUUUUAACAGGUUUGAGGCGAAGAAGAAUGUGGACCUAGCCAUAAGGACUUUUGCAAAACUUCGUGACGAUGAUCUCAUCUCAAAGGAAGAGUUUAGAAAUCUUCGAUUUGUCGUUGGUGGGGGGUACGACCCUGAUCAACGGGACAAUGCCCAAACUCUUCUCCACCUCCAAAACCUCUGUACUAACCUCUCCUUAUCACAUCAUACCAUUCCCUCUUCCUCUCCAAUCUCUCCCAACACGCAAAUCAUUUUCCUCCUCAACUUUUCCUCUGCCCAGCGUGCCCAUCUCCUUACUUCUCCUUCUACCUUAGCGCUCUUGUACACACCCACCAACGAGCAUUUCGGUAUCGUCCCCAUCGAAGCCGGGGCCUGCGGAUUACCCGUAUUGGCAUGCGAUACCGGCGGUCCGGUAGAGACCGUCGUUGAUUUUUCCAUCCCUUCCAAUGCUGAGAACGGCACGGGUCUCCUACGACCACCCCGAGCUGAAGAAUGGGCACCAGCGUUGACCACUCUCCUCCAUCUCUCUUCUUCCCAACGCUCCAUUAUCUCUCAGAGUGCUCAAACCCGUAUCGCCGAAAACUUUUCCUUGGCUACGAUGGGGACGCAGCUUGAGAAGGCUUGUCGGGAUGCGCUAGCGAUGGGUGAUUUGCAUGUUCAAGUUGGGGAUAAGCUAAUUUGGGGUGGACUGGGAUUAAUGGGUUUUGCAGCGGGUGGGUUGGGCGUUAUUUGGAUGGUAUGGGGGGUUUGAGUAAGCUCAUAGAUAUAU